AACUGGUGUCGUUGUUGAUGCGGAUCAAUAGCUGAGUUUAGUGUGAAUGAAUGGAUGAAGGUGUGACUCUUCCUAAUGUCUAUGAUAAUCACUGCUAUAGUUGAGCUGAUUGGAUUAGAGAUGGUGAAAGUGCCUGUAACUGCUUACAUCAUUUACAUGCUUUGUUUGCUUUAUCUUCACCUGUAAGGACGGCCCCCUGAAAUCUGUAUAAAACCCAAAGUGUUUCACUGCUUUGGUCACACUUGAAGACUGCAGCACUACUGGUGAAGCGACUGAGAUCCACGUGACACUGUUAUAAAGAUGGAGUUUAUUAAAGAGGAGAGUAAAACCAUGAAGACUGAAGAAGCAUUCAGAGUGAAACAUGAAGACGUGAAGAUUGAAGAAACAUUCAGAGUGAAACAUGAAGACGUGAAGAUUGAAGAAGCAUUCAGAGUGAAACAUGAAGACGUGAAGAUUGAAGAAACAUUUAGAGUGAAACAUGAAGACGUGAAGAUUGAAGAAGCAUUCAGAGUGAAAUGUGAAGAAACUGAGGAACGAACAGGAAAAGGCACAAUAACAACUACAAUCAACAGAAGAACAUUCGUCAUCCCACAAGGUCUACAGGUCUGCUUCCUCACAGACUCAAUGUGUCGGGAUAUUGAGGACCACUUUCCAAAUGCUCAAUGCUGGGUUCAUCCAGACACAACUCUCCUGAGAUCCGUUCAACAACACAUAAAACACUUCGAGAAACUACACAACUACACAAUAGUGAUUCUCCACAUAGGAACAAACGACAUCGCAAGUGGAGCGUCUGCAUCGACUGUCGUCCAGCGGAUGAAAACCCUCAUAGCAAGAAUCUCUCUGGUCAAUCCACACGUUCUGUAUUUCGCCAUCAGCGCUAUUUUACCCCGAGCGAAUGACGACUCCACACUGAAAACUACAAUCAAACAAUGCAACAGCUUGAUUCAACACUGGACUUCACAAACAAGAAAUAUUCUAUUUCUGAACACUUCAAAACCAUUUCUCAAAAAUGGAAAAAUAAUCCAAGACCUGUACAAAGACGACGGACUUCACCUCAAUCAAGAAGGAAAACACAAACUAUUUUCAUACUUUCAGCGUUUCCUCUGGCAUUUUUGCCAGUUUCCACCGCGUCCAAAACGUACUUAAAACAUCUCAUGAAGAUCUUUCAACACAAACUUGACUUGUUCAAAAGAUUUGUGAAGUAAUUAAAUAAAGUUCACUUAACAAAACCUCACACAUAUUCCUGAACUUCAUCUUUACCAACACAAAAACUACAACAAAGAGAUGAGUGCAUAGCACACAGAUUUGGCCUUUACCAUUGUUUAAACUAGUUUAUUUUGAAGUUUAAUUUGGUUACUUUCAGCCUUAAUGUUAUGAAUAUCAACUGUA